UCAUCCAGCCCUACAGCGUGCGUCCUCGUUCUAGCCCCUGUUAUAUUUGGAGGUGGCUCGCAGCGACCUAAGUACUCGUUUCUAGGACAUCCACGCCGGCUUCAAUCGCCAUGGGAAAGAAGAAGCGCGGUCACCCCGAUCUUGAGGAGAUCCUUGCUCGCCCGUGGUGCUACUACUGCGAGCGAGAUUUCGACGAUCUCAAGAUCCUGAUCUCACAUCAGAAGGCGAAGCAUUUCAGAUGUGAGAGAUGUGGCAAGAGAUUGAAUACUGCUGGAGGACUGUCGGUGCACAUGAGCCAAGUGCACAAGGAGCAAUUGACGGCCAUUGAGAAUGCCCUGCCCAACCGUGCAGGCCUCGAUGUCGAGAUCUUCGGCAUGGAGGGUGUUCCGGAAGAUGUCAUCCAGGCUCACAACCAGCGGGUUCUGACGCAGUUUCAGCAGGCAGAGGCUGAGCGACGGGCAGCAACGGGAAAUCCAGCACCGGGGGGUUCGUCAGGAAACCAGCCAAAGAAGCCCAGGCUGGAGAGUCCCGCCGAUUUGAAGAAGCGUCUGGCGGAGCACAAGGCCAAGCUUGCGGAGAGAGCCGCGGGUGGCAGCAGCGGCGAUGCCACGCCUGUUGGGGCGGGACAGUCGAUGCAGACACCUACUGGAUAUGCUCAACCUACCCAAUACGCGGCGGCCCAGCAGCCUUUCAGCAACGCUGCUCCUGCUGCUCCCAACCAACAGUAUUCAUACCCGCAGCCUUAUGGCGGCGCGGUCAAUUCUCCCUUCCAGGCAGCUGCUGCGAGUCCUGUGUACCAGAACUACUCGCCUAAUGGCCAGCAGCAGUAUCCCCCGCCCACCCAGUAUACAUCCCCUGGCAUCUCUCCCGCACCGUACACAGCUGCAGUAUACGGGAAUACACCGCCCCCUAUGCCCUAUGCUCAACAACAGCAGCAACCUUCGAGAACUCAAACGCCUCCUCAGAAUGUCUCAUCGCUCCCUACUCGACCCCCGAGUCUUCCGUCUGCUCCCGGUCUCCCGCAGCGUCCUCCUUUCAGUGCGCCUCCAGUAAACGCUGCCCAGAUGCAACAGAUGCACCAUGGACAGCUGCCGACGCCACCACAACCAGCAGCUCCUGGUGCGUAUGGCCAACCCCCUGCCGCGAAUGGUGCGCAGCCAUCAGGCGCUGCUCCUGUCUCUUCUUCUGUCGACGACCUAAUAUCCGGCGCUGCCAAGGAAGCGGAGCAGGCGGCGCAGCCGGAUGGUACUAAAGCAGAGGCUGCGGAGGAGAAGCCAGCAAAGAAGGAGAAAGAUAAGUCGAAGCCUACGAGGAUGGUAUAUGCCGACAACGAGACCAGUCCGGAGGAGAAGAUGGCCAGGCUGCCAAGGUACGCAUUCGUUCUUGAUCGCAAACCGGAAAUGGUUCUUGUGGAGGGCAUUACUCCUGCAGUCUCCGGGGUCGUCACGACUUCAGACGACAUAAUCGAUCGAUCGGGAUAAAGUAGCGCGGGCACGCUCGUCGAUACCAUCUUAAUGUCUACGGCUCAUCAGUGCCCUAUCCGAUUCGGAUCAGCAUGCUUUCGCUCGAGCGUGGCAAAAAUCUCUCCAGCUAAGUUCGACACAUAUCACAGUUUUCGUUGUACAUGAUACUUUUCUUUGUUUUCUACCCUGAUCCAUGAGUAGUAUGGUGAUGCAGGCUCAUGAACAAGAUCAUUUCCGGACUGUCGAUGCCUUCAUAUCUACAUAUCCGUGUCUA